CACAGAGGGCUGAAAGAUCUCCAACAACAAUGACGCUGUCUCAUCUCAGUGUAGAGAACUGUCUCACCAUCAAGCUGGGCCUGCUGCUGUUAUGUACGUUCUCCACCAACGCUUUCCCGACAGCAGCAGAGGACACUGAGGAGCCAAACAUGCCUCCAUCAGACACGCGGUCAGCUUUCGCAGCCCUGGAUGAAGUCCGGCUUGUUGCUAACGGCCUCCUGCAGCUCGGAAAAAACCUGAGGGACUUUGUGCAGAAGACAAAAGGCCAGAUCAGUGACAUCUUUCAAAAGCUCAACAUUUUUGAUAAGUCCUUCAACCAGCUGUCUGUGCUAACCACCAAGAUCAAAGAGGAAGAAGAGGAACUGAAGAAGACCACUGUGGUGCUCCAAGCCAACAACGACGAGAUCAGGAGCCUGUCUCUGGAGAUCAACUCUAAAGUAGACGACAUCAUGAGGGAGAGAAUCCACCUAUGGAAUCAGGUUGGAGGGAUCGAGGAGAAGCUGAGUGGACUUUCUCAAGGUCUUCUCUCAGCAGAACAGCUUGUAGAGAUUUCAGCAUACAAAGAGCUGAUCCUAGCCCAAGAAAAGAGCAUCUCAGACCUUCUGCAUUCAGUGAAGGAGCAAAGUGAGCAUCUGAAGAACCAGAAAAUCAUGAUCAAAGGUCUGGAGAAUAAGCUGAACUCUGCCAGCCUUCAGGAAACUCUGUGGAACUUUAGUUGGGAUGGUGAAAGCUACAGCGUGUCAGAUUAUCUGUCCAACUACUCCAAUGAUGGAAGCUUUUCAAGUGAGUUCCCGAGAGAUUGUGGCGAGGUCUUCAGCAGUGGAGAGAAAACCAGUGGCGUUUAUCCCAUUAAACCGAACGGAUCCGAGCCUUUCCUUGUGUACUGCGAUUUCACGGAGGAUGGAGCCUUCACGGUGAUUCAGCACAGACAAGAUGGCUCUGUUGAUUUUAACCAGUCCUGGCAGAGGUAUGAGGACGGAUUCGGAGACUUUAAGAGUGAGUUCUGGCUUGGUUUGAGGAAGAUCUUCUCCAUCACCCAGCAGGGAAGUUCUCUCCUGCACAUGCAGAUGGAGAACUGGAAAGAGGAAAAACAUUCCAUGGAGUUGCAGUACAUGCUGGACGGCCCUGACUACAACUACACCAUCCACCUCAAGGUGGGAGACCCGAUCUCGGAUACGGACGUCCCAACAAGACUGAGGUUCUCCACCAAAGACCGCAAUGAUGGAAAUAGCCACAAAACCCCAAACUGUGCUCAUGAUUAUACAGGAGGCUGGUGGUUCAGUGCUUGUGGAGAUGUCAACCUGAAUGGAAAAUGCAUCCAGAGCCAAGCUCAUAGGAAAGGACUGCAAGGGAAGCACAAUAAAGGACAGUCCCACUUCAAAUCCACACAGAUUUCCAUCCGUCACCAUCAGGAAACAUACAGUAGUCGCCUGUAAACCAGAAGAAACGCCGUGGGAAUGAACACAAAUACCUGUUGUGUCUUUUUAACCAGAUGAGAUGUGAGUCUGUAGAUCCUUAGUGCAUUAAAACCAAGCAGCAUGUUGUCCAUUAAACAACAA